AUGUCUUUAGAGAUGAGAAAUCAACGCGGGAAGAUUAUUCUACUUAAAGUAUUAGAUGAAAUCAACGUUGAACAGUUUAAAAGGAUUAAGUUCUUACUGUCCGAUACUUUAAAGCUGAAUGAAAAAAUGCAAGAAGAGUAUGACGAAGUUAAGAUUGCUAACUUGAUGGUAAAAAAGUUCCCACGUGAUGCCGGUGUGGACAAACUUAUACACCUCUGCAAAGAUAUACCAGCAUUCCAAGGACUUGUUAAAACUCUUAAAGAGGAAAAGUCAAAAGUUGCAAAAAAAGUUAAAUCCACACCAGAAAAAGGAACAACCCCCUCAAAAAAGAGCAAGCAGAAAGAAGACAGUCCUUCUACACCUGCCCCUUCCACAAGCAAAGUUUUCACACAUGAAGGAGCAAAGGUGACUCCUGGACCUCAGAAAAGAAAAAACACAGCCAAAGAAAAGGAUGGGACCAAAAGGAGUAAGGUGUCGGAGAAGCAGACUCAGCCUCCCUGUCCUGCAGGAGCCGACACGUCCACAGCCAUGUGCCAACCCCCACCACCCCAGACCUCAUCGGCUCCAUUCAACGCUUCCCUAGCUGAGAACCCAAAACCACCGGCCAAGUCUCAGGUCACCCCUAGAAAACCUAAUCUCCAAAAGGGCCCGAUGGUGGUGAUGGUACUGAAUGCAGCAGAUCCGUUUGCAUAUGAGUCCUCAGAAAAGGAGACCAAAAAAAUGUUUCAUGCUACAGUGGCUACGGAGAAACAGUUCUUUCAUAUGAAGGUUUUAAACAUCAACUUGAAGAAAAUAUUCACCAGAAAGAGAAUCAUUACCAUAUCAGAUUAUUUUGAAUAUGACCAUCUCCUGGAGGUGAAUGAAGCCUCCUCUGUAUCUGAAGCUGGUCCUGACCAAAAGAUUGAGGUUCCAAACAACAUCAUAAACACAGCAAAGAAAACCCUGCCGAUUCAUAUUCUUCAAAGACAAGCUUCUGGAACUAUUGUAUAUGGAUUAUAUACACUAUGUAAGAAAACAGUAAAUAAGAACAACACAAUCUAUGAAAUUCAGUAUAAUGAAGAAAAAAUGGAAGUAGUGGGGAAAGGAAAAUGUCACGAUAUUCCCUGUGAAGAAGGAGAUAAACUUCAACUAUUCUGCUUUCGACUGAGAAAAAAUAACGGGAUAUCAAAGCUGAUUUCUGAAAUACAUAGUUUUAUUCAGGUAAAGACAAAAGCAAACCAGAAAAAAUCUGAUUUGAAGACCACGAAACCUUCCAAGGAACAGAGCGAGGCUCCAAAACAUUCAGAGGCCGGUGCACCCCUGACUCAGAGCCAUCCCCAGACUCCUCAGAUGCCUCCAGCAGCCCCAUUCAGCACUUUCUUACUUGAGAAGGGAGAAGAUGUCCCAGGAGCAGAAACAUCAUCAUCAAGCGUCAGAGGCAGCACACCAACUGUACACUGUGCUUAUGGUUACAUGCUAUAUCCAGCAUUACCGUACACCAGUUUCUUAAACGAGGUACCACCUUCCUGUUGCGACUGUUUUUGCUCACCAAUGUCUUUAGACAUGACAGAUGAAUGCUAUAAAAUUGUUCUACUUAAAGUAUUAGAGGACACCAGUGAUUAUCAGUUUAAAAUGGUGAAGUUCUUACUGGCCAGUACGUUAAACCUGAGUAACAAAAUGCAAGAAAAAUAUGACAAAGUUCAGAUUGCUAACUUGAUGGUUGACAAGUUCCCACGUGACGCCGGUGUGGACAAACUUAUGCAACUCUGCAAAGAUAUACCAGCACUGCAACCCAUUGCAAAAACUCUUAAUAAUGAAAAGUCAAAAGUUGUGAAUAAAAUCAAAUCUACACCGGCAAAAGGAACAACCCUCUCAAAAAAGAGCAAGCAGAAAGAAGAGGGCCCUGCUACACCUGCCCCGUCCACAAGGAAGGGUCUCACAUCUGAAGGAGCAGAGGUGACUCCUGGACCUCAGAAAAGAAAAAGCACAACCAAAGGAAAAAGUGGGAGUGAAAGGAGUAAGGUUUCGGAGGAGCAGACUCAGCCGCCCUCUCCUGCAGGAGCCGGCGCGUCCACAGCCGUGGGCCAUCCCCCACCUCCCCAGACCUCAUCAGCUGCAUCCAGCAAUUCCUCAACUGAGAACCCCAAACCACCGGCCAGCUCUCGGGUAACCACCAGAGCAAAUAAUCUCCGAAAUGACCCGAUGGUAGUGAUGGUACUGAAGGCAGGAAAGCGAUUUGAAUAUGAGUCACCAGAAAAAGAGACCAAAAAAAUGUUUCAUGCUACAGUGGCUACUGAGAAAAAGUUCUUCCAUGUGAAGGUUUUAAACGACAACUUGAGGAAAACAUUCAUCAGAAAUAGAAUCAUUACUAUAUCUAAUUAUUUGGAAUAUAAACAUCUCCUAGAAGUAAAUGAAGCCUCUACGGUAUCUGAAGCUGGUCGUGAUGUAAAGAUUGAGGUUCCAGACAACAUCAAAAAAAGUGCAAAGGAAACCCUGAAGAUUGAUAUUAUUAAAGUGCAAGCUUCUGGAACUAUUGUAUAUGGGUCAUUUAUGCUACAUAAGGUCUCUCAAACCCUACUUGUAGCACAUGACCAUCCUUUGUACAUAGGGGUAGAGGACAAAAAAGUAUACCAAGGAUUUCAGAUUCCUCUGGAUAAAGGUGCUUUGGGAAUCAUAGCUGUCCUAGAGAUGAAAGCAGUAGAAAUUAAGAGGAUAACCCAUCGUUCUAGAGCUGACAGAGAAAUGCCUAGAACAU